AUUAGAUGGAUUUAUUAAAAAACCCAAUUAACAAAUCCUGUUAAAGAAAAUUAUUUAAAAUUAAUUCCCUUGAUAAAUUUGUAUAUAAUAUUAUUAGAAGAAAGUGGUUAUAGUAAAGUUUAUCUCGCUUCUUGGAAUAAUGGACUUUAUUUUGGCACGAUGAAAGGUUGGAUAAAUGAAGUAGAAAAACAUAAUGAUGAUUUUAUUUGGAAGUUAAUUUAUGAAGAAGCUCCUAAUAAUGUUAGAGAAUUUGGUUUACAAUUUUUAUCUUUAUAUGAUAAUAAAAAAAAAAUCGGAUGCGAUAAAAGUACAACAGGAUCUCAAUAUGUAGUUCUUAAACAAUUAAAAAAUUCAAAGAAUAUUAAUGGAGCUGAUUUUAUACUUCAGCUUCAUUCAUAUUACACUGUAAUGAGUUCAGAAAAAAAUAAUUUUAUUGAAAUUGAUUGGUAUCAGAAAAUUUUCAUAUUAUUAGAAAUAGCGAAAGGACUGAAAGCUAUACAUGAUCAUGGAUACGUUGCAUCGACUUGGGGUGGUCAGUCAACUAAGUAA